UUUGUACAGGCUUUCUGUUUGAAAGCCAAAUGACAUGUCAGUGGACUACCAUAAGUCAAUCUGCCACAGUGGCAGACUAUAUAUGAAAUUGUACUCCCAAAUGAGGGCCAUGUUUGUCCACACUCAUGCACAAGCAGGGGCGGACUGACAACUCAUGGGGCCCCCGGGCAAUAGGGGAUCAUGGGGCCCCUGUGUCCUUGCCCAAACUCAAAAAAGCCUAUGAAAAAGGUACCAGGGGCAUCUCAUGGGGCUCCCUACUGACCCCGGGCCCUCGGGCAGUGCCUGAGUUUCCAAAUAGUCAGUCCGCCCCU